GGAGGAAUCCCAUUUCUUAUCAAAAACAUGUCAGAUUCAGCGAGUUCAUUACCGCUUGAGAAGCCCAUGGUACUUGAAAAUAAUGAAGUUCGGCACGUUGAAUUACUUAAAGCAGUUGAUGAUUUACAUGGAGGAGUUACAGUAGACAUGGAAGACCUAAUGGACUCCAAGCUGUUUGCUUCUGCUCUUAAGACUUCAUUAUCAUGUUGGAGGCAGCAGGGGAAGAAGGGUGUUUGGAUUAAAUUGCCCAUUCAGUUUUCUAAUCUUGUUGAACCUGCAGUUCAGCAAGGAUUCAGGUACCACCAUGCUGAACCAGAUUACCUGAUGCUUGUGCACUGGAUUCCUGAAACCCCAGAUACUCUUCCUGCAAAUGCUUCGCAUCGCGUCGGUGUUGGUGCCUUUGUCAUGAACCAUAACAGAGAGGUUCUGGUAGUUCAGGAAAGUAUUGGCAAAUUCAGAGGUACAGGUGUGUGGAAGCUCCCCACUGGAGUUGUUAAUGAGGGUGAGGAUAUUAAUACAGCUGCAAUAAGAGAAGUUAAAGAAGAGACAGGAGUUGACACAGAAUUUGUGGAAAUUUUGGCCUUCAGGCAAAGCCACCAAUCAUUCUUCCGGAAAUCAGAUUUAUUUUUCAUAUGCAUGCUAAGACCGCGCUCGUUUCACAUUCAGAAACAAGACUCAGAAAUUGAAGCUGCUCAGUGGAUGGCAGCAGAGGAGUAUGCAGGACAGCCAUUUGUAAAAGAGCAUAGGCUGUUUAACUAUGUAGCUAAAAUAUGCUUAACCAAGUCAGAGAAGGACUAUGCAGGGUUUAUUCCUUUAUCUAUAACAACAACUUCAGGUAAAACCAGCUGCUUGUAUUUCAACAACCGAGAUUGCCACCAUCUCACAACAGAUAAUCCAUCCCCACCAUGAAGGUUCAUCCCUACUGCAAUAUUGAGAGCCUAUUAAAUCACAAAGCAAGGAUGCAACACAGAAGGGGCUGAUUUUUUCUUAAAAGGAAAUUUUGUUGAUCGCCUCUACUUUAGUUUAAUUUACUAGUAGAUUUGAAUAAGUGGUUGAAGUUCUGAAAUUUCAAAUCUUGUAACUCCAUCCACAGAGAAAAUCUUCUGCAUUUUCCCUGUCAUGGACUAUCCUUUUUGCAGUGAAAAGGGUUUAUCUUCUGCAUUCAAUGUUACAUAUUAAUACUACAAUAAGGAUCCAUGGUAAUAAU